AUGGGUCCCAUUGGUCGAUCAGGACCGCCUCCGGGCGUCAUGGGUGAUAUGAAAACCGCCAAUAAGAUUCGCCGAAAGAUGAACCAUGUCAAGCGCAAGAGAGCCAAAGAUGCUGCGCGCCGAGAGGAGCGCUACGCUUUCAAGAAAGAAGAACAAAAGAACCCCAAAUUGAAGGAAGAGCGACUUCGCCGCAAUAUCCCUCUGACCCUUGAGCGGAAGCGUGUUUGGAACGAACCCGAUAACGACACCGAAGAAACUGGUCUGGGAUUGAGCGUUGAUGUUGAGCGCAUCAAGCGCGCCAAGAAAGAAGAAGACGACGAGCUCAACCGACCAUUUGAAGAGGGCGAGGAUGACAGUGAGGCUCCGGAGUCUGAUAAUGAGUCAGUCGACAGUAUGCUCGAAUCAGACAACAGUGAAGAUGAGGAGGAGGAGGACGAAGACAAAAAAGCCAGCGGUGGCCAGAAGAAGUCCACCCUUCCAACUGCGACAGAGCGUGCCACAAGUCCUACCCAGUCCACACGCAGCACAAACCUCAGUCUCGCUCCUGAAGCAUUGGCUGCGAAAUUCCCUACACUCUUCACCGAGGGACCCCCGCCCACCCCGAAAAUCCUUAUCACCACCGGCCUUAACUCUACCCUUCACGCCCAAGCCGAGACCCUGACCGAGAUCUUCCCGAACAGCGUGUAUAUCCGACGUAACGCACACCGGUACUCGCACAAAUUCUCCAUCCGCGAGAUUUCCAAAUUCGCCGCAAACCGUAACUUCACGACAGUCGUCGUGUUGAACGAAGACCAGAAGAAGCCCUCUGGGCUAACAAUAGUUCACUUGCCAGUCGGCCCAACUUUCCACUUUACCAUCAGCAACUGGAUCGAUGGAAAGCGUCUUCCAGGACACGGCAAAGCCACCGAGCACUGGCCCGAACUGAUCCUCAACAACUUCCGUACUCCUCUCGGUCUUUUGACUGCGCAUUUGUUCCGUUCACUCUUCCCGCCUCAGCCAGAUUUCGAGGGCCGACAAGUUGUAACCUUGCACAAUCAGCGUGAUUACAUCUUCGUCCGUCGUCACCGCUAUGUCUUCCGUGAGAAGCGUGAGACUGAGAAGGCUGUUGUCGGUGCUGACGGCAAGGAAAUGGCAGGUGUUGAGGGUAUUCGUACCGGUCUACAAGAACUAGGACCUCGCUUCACUUUGAAGCUUCGUCGUGUUGAUAAGGGCAUCCAGCGUGCCAGUGGACAGGAGUGGGAAUGGAAGGGUGGAAUGGAGAAGACGAGAACUCUGUUCCAACUGUAA